AGAAUAUUCCAUCAAUGUUUCCCCAUCUCUCGGUUCGGCGGUGGUACCGGCGAAAGCCAAAACGCCUCGUAAUGCCAUUUUUUAUCUUUUCCGCGAAGCUCUGUUUCCGUGUUCCCCAAUCCAUUGAAUCGAUCACGAUCCUCCUCGGCUCUCGCCUCCAUUUCUCCAUCACCCGCAAGCCCUAACCCCAAUCCUAGCAAUGGCAUCGCCACCGCCGACCUCGUUCUCCGACUUCCCAGAGGACGUGCAGCUCAACGUGCUCUCCUUCCUCUCUCCUGCCGAGGUCUCCGCCUUCGCCUGCACCUCCCGUCGCUUCGCCGCCCUAUGCAGCGCCUCCACCUCCGACAGCCCCGUCUGGCUCGUCAUGUGCGACCGCCGGUGGGGCUCUAAGACCCUGAUUCGCUCCUGGGCCUCCGGCGGCGGCGGCGGCCGCGUCCCCUACGCCCGCCUCUAUCGCACCCUCGACCGUUGGGAGAGCCUCAUCGGCUUCUGGCGCCGCAUCGGCCAGGGCACUCCUGGCACCCCGCCCCUCGUCUUCUUCGAGUGGGGGCCCUCCUACAUCACCGGAUCCCGCGUCUCCCCCUCCGCCGAGACCGGUACGUACGGCGUCCUCAAGGUUCCCUUCCUCUGGCUGGGCCUUUCUGCCCAUGGCGAUCCCGUGAGCUUCCUCCACCCGGGAUCCCGGUUCGAGUCACCGGGAGAAUUCUUCAGUUCGGCUUCAGGGCCGUCGUCGGAUUCCGAUUUGGUGCCGGUGACCGUUAGUUUUAUGGGCUGCAACCAUUUUGUUGUGGAGGAGAACCGUAGCUUCUACGCUGAGGCUCGGGGUGGCGAUUCAGGGGUUUUGGAUGAGGUGGCAGAGAUCGAGAGUACAUCACCGCCGGACCGAUUGAUGUCGGAGAUCUACCAGUACUUUGCCAACCGGAUGAGCCCGGGCGGUGACAGGGCUUCCAGAAGGCAGAGGAAGAAGGAAAGGGAGAAGCUUGGAAGGAGGAGACUAUGGGAAGCUGAGCAUUUCGUGAAGAUUGUCAACUAUCAACCCACCCCUUCACGGCCUUUGCAAGGCUUAUGGAAGGGGAUUUGUGAGGACAAUGUCCUGGAUUUUUACCUUGUUUCAUAUGAUGAUGUCGGUGGAAUAACUUGUAGACGUGUUGGUGAUGCGGGGGAGCUAUUCGCUGGUUAUUCCCCUGUUUUCUGGACUUCAAACACCACAUUUCUUGAAUCCCCAUUUUCUAAAGAGGAACAGGAUCUGUAUAGUAGCCGUGAGCACAUACGUGCAGUGGCUUCGAAUUGGAGCAACAUGGACAGGGAAGUGGUCUCACGCAUUCUCUGUAUCAACUCCAGUUAUGACCUGGUGAUUCCAGAUCUAUCUGGUUCUUCUGGUGAUCCAAGAAAUGUGGAGGGAAGGAUAUGGGAGUAUGAAGAUGGGACUUUCGGGUUCGGGUUUUUUCGGAACAACUUUAUCAUUGACCUGAAGCAUAUAACUUUAAAUGGGAAACUGCCUUGGAAGGGAAAGAGUAUUUUGUGUGUGUGGUCCAACUUUUCUACAAGAACGGGCUUUUCCACAAGGACAACCUGGUGCAAUUGAUGGAAUAGAUGUUGUCUUUCUCUUGGGAACAAUGGACUUUGUUGGUAAGAUAUUAUAUUUGCGGUAAUUAUGUUAUCAUAAGCUAUUAGGGUGGUGAGUGAUUAAUUGGCAUGCAGCAUAAAGUGGCAGCGUAACUCCAUAAAAUUAUGAGAAACUUAGGAUUGUUCCAAUGUUCAGCAAUAUCUGAUUGCUCGAGGUGGUGUGAUUAUGCCUUGUAUUUUGAGAGAAUGGCCUUCUUAGGAAGUUAGAUGAUGCAACGUUGGUGAUGUUUCCAGAAAUCUUGAUUCUCCUUAGCAAAUUAGAAAUGCAAGGCUACUGUAAGAUCUUAUGAUAUAUUUUUUUAUUUACUUCUCUUCCUAAUAAUUUUCUUAUAUUUUUGCUCUUAAUUUAGGAAGUUGGCAGUUAUCUUGUCUCAUCACUAUGGCCUUUAUAUUUUGAAUUUGUCCAUUGAUAACCGUCACUUCACCACCCAUGAAAAGGGGAAAAAGAACCUUGAUUAAUCAAGGGAUAUCAGCCAUUGAUGUAGGAUGAGCUCAAUUCGUCACUGAUAGCAUCAAACACGGCUGCAUGAUUACUUCUGUAUGUAAUUAUGUAUAGUUGUGAUGCUUUUUUGAAACAAAACUAUCUAUACACAUCUGAUCGAUUUUUACUAAGGACCCUGAAUGGCCAUGAUGACAGAAUGAUAUUGACCUCAAUUUUUCUGUGUUGUACCAUAUAUCUGUAAGCUGAGCACCAAGUGUCACCAGAAACUUCCACUGUGGGGACUGCAGGAACUGGUGUUUUUUCAUUAUAAGUCAUCUUAAAACCUUGAUUCUGUAAUGUAAAUUUGGUUCUGAACAUUGUCCCAACAAUGGACAGAAUGUGGUCUCUGUUGGUCCAAAGACAACUAGAAUGUGUCGUAUUGGUUUCAUGUGGAUGCAGGUGGAAGGUGCAUAUUGUAUUUAAUAUUUGUCACUUUAAAGGUGAUCAUGACUGCUUAAA